AUGAGAUUUAGUGAGGAUAUAUUGCCGCUUCAGCAGCAUUGCAUAACAGUGGUUAUUGCUCUUGGAUUGCUUGAAAUGGUCUUUUGGUACUUUGAUUAUGCUAAUAUCAACAGCACUGGGAUGAGCUUGGUGACAUCUAGAGGCCUUUGGCACUUACUACAUGGGUUGUUGCAGUCGGUGCUUUCAGAAAGACUGUGUGACGGAUUCUCUUACUCUGUGUUUCGAUGGGAUUCAUUUGGGGUUGUCAAGUCCACUCUUGGUGGGCUUACUUCCAAAGUCCUCCUUGAUGGAGUUACUUACUUCGUAGCUUCUGAGAUGCUUGAUAUAGCUGAGAAUGUUGGCAUUAUUGACGAUGUAUCUGGAAGAGCAAAACUUUUUCUUGUCCUGCCUGACGCCUUCCUCGAUGCAUUUCUCAUAUUGUGGAUCUUUACCUCUCUUUCGAAAACAGUGGAACAGUUACAGACGAAGAGGACCUCGGUGAAGUUGGAUAUUUACAGGAAGUUCUCAAAUGCUCUUACUGUUUUGGUUGUUACCUCUGUUGCUUGGAUAGUGUAUGAGGUGUAUUUCUAA